UAAUUUAUUUAAGUUAAAGGAUAAAAUUUGUUGGAAUAAAGAUUAUUUGUGUGUUUAUUGAUAUUAUUUUAUUAUAUUUAUUGAGGUUUCUCGUGUUUGUUUCAUUAUUUGAUAUUGUGAUUGUUAUAAAUCUGUGAAGAAAUAAUAAAGAUGCAAGAUACACGUCCGGAAUUGUAUGAAGAGAUUAAAUUGUACAAAAAUGCACGUGAACGAGAAAAGCAUGAUAACAUGGCUGAGCUCUAUGCUGUCGUCUGUACCCUUCAGCACCUGGAGAAGGCAUACAUGCGUGAUUGUGUGAGAGCACAGGAAUACACAGCGGCAUGCAGUCGUCUCCUCGUGCAGUACAAAGUGGCUUUUAAACAAGUACAGGCUGAUGAGUUUCCCAAUAUUGAAGCUUUUGUUGCUAAAUACAGGUUAGACUGUCCUGCUGCUUUGGAACGAAUAAGGGAGAACAAACCGAAUCUCAUCAAGGAUGACAAAGGGAACACUAACAAAUACAUUGCAGAAAUUGUAUCGUUAUUUAUAACCUUAAUGGAUAAACUGCGUCUAGAGUUCCGUGCAAUGGACAUGAUUCAGCCCGAACUUCGUGACCUUCGCGACACCAUGGACCGGCUCAGCAUGCUGCCUGAUGACUUUGAAGGGAAACUCAAGGUGCAAGAGUGGCUAGAUAAGUUAUCUGAGAUGUCAGCAUCGGAUGAACUGUCCGAAGCACAAGUGCGACAGCUGGUGUUCGACCUAGAGACCUCAUAUGGGGCUUUCAAUAAAUUUUUACACAAGGACUGAAUUUUAUCAAGAAUAACUUUAAUCAGAUAUAUUGAAUACUGCUGGAAAACUUGUAUUACGAAACACAUGUAUCAAUGUAACCUAAAUAUUGUUUAUAAUAUUAAAUGUAAGCUGUCAUAAUAAACAUAUUUAAAUCCUUA